CAAUGACGUAGCAUCAAUAACAAACCUGCCUCCGAGUGCCUGGACAAGAUGCCCUCGCGCAAGAGAACCAGCAAUCCAGCGAACAGCUAGGCGUUAAUCAUAGUGCCGCACACUCUUAUUAAAACACUGGAAUUACAGUUAACUUCCCGGUAGAUCAUGUGGACAAUUGCAAUGCCAGGAAUUAAUGAUUUUCUCUGGGUUUCAUGGCACAGGUGUGUCAAGACAAAUUCUCCAAUUAGGACCUUUUCACCAGCACAGACCUUGGAGGAAUUGAAGAGAGACACUAAUGUACACAGGACAGAGCCAGGAGGAGUACAGAUUGCAUUGCAGACUGCAGAUGGAACUGGCGACAGUAUGAUUCUGGAACAAGAUGAGUUUUACAGACUGGAAAGAUGGUAUUCGAGAUGUAGCACAUACUUUUUGCAAAGCACAAGAUACAGCAGAGACAGGAAUGUGAGAUUAUGUUCCCUCACUGCAGCAAUCCCCACAAGUCAGGAGUGUCCUCCGAUCCUCUUUAGCCUCUUUACACCCAGGAGCACCACAGUGGAUGUCGGCAAGCUUCCGGCCCCUGUAGGCCAAAGACCAGCCCUGCAGAUGCUCUACUUCAAGAACCUUUCUCAGUACUUUCUCUUUCAAAUAGAAAACUGAGACCACCUGAAAACAGAUCACAAGACUGGUAGCUAACCAGUAUGUGAAAUUGCAGGCCAUUGGCAUAUGAUAUUGAACAAACCAAUGGAGGGUUGCAUAGGCAGCGCUUUUGUCCACAGGGGAACGGUUGUGUGCGAGACCAGAUAAUAGAUCAAGGAACUGGGAUUAAUAGACGGUUUGUGAGUUGGACAUGGAUGAAGGACAAGGAGAAGGGAGGGGAUUCCGUCUCUUUUACAAUAUAAAAGUGGAUCAGUGCCAGCCUUUUAGCUACAAAGGGUCAGGAGGCAAUGGAAACCGGUUCUUUACUGACAGGAUGUGCAUGUCAAACUGCUCUGCUAAGGCUGCUGAACUCUACCCACAAGGCGAUGCUGCCUGUAAAUUGCAAAAGGACUUUGGGUUAUGCCAAAACCAUUUCCUAAUGUAUUACUACCACCAGGAGAAGAGGAAGUGCAAGAGCUUCUUUUACUCAGGCUGUGGAGGGAAUGGGAAUAGGUUUGUUGACAUUCAGAGCUGCAACUCCACCUGUGCCAGCUACAUUGGUGAGAAAACAACGACCUUAGUACCUACCAGUAAUAAAGAGAUGGCUUUGUUCAAUUCAGAUGACACACUUGUGGAUGAAGAUGAUGAUGAAGAUAUAAACGGAAUUGAUGCUGGUUUAGUGGCUGGAAUUGUGUUUGGAUGUCUCGGGUUUGUCAUUCUAAUCGCUGUGAUUGUUGUGGCAGUACAAUCGAAUAAGACUGAUAAGCAGCUGCCGGCUACAAGAGAGGCAAAGCGUCCGUUACAAGAAAAAAUCGAAAUGGAAUAGAAGAAAGCUUUAACCAGGAGAGCACCAUGUCAUGUGAUGCAGGCACCCAGCAUUUCAUUUUUUAUACAGUUUUGUUUUAUAUAUUUUUUGUACCUUGCAGACAGGAACGUAAACAAAUUGGAAAGCCAACAAAGCCUAUAUUCUAAUGAAUCAGAGUGCACAAAAGGUUAAACUCUGACCUAGGAAUCGUACUUUGGUAUAAAAAUUAAACAUGUUGUGGAAGAGCUUUAAAAAGUUCUUAUCUUUUGAUGCUGUGCUAUUUUAUCAGUCUUGUUUACACCAUGUAUCCAAUUCAAAAUAGUACAGGCCUGUUGAAGUAUGUUGAAUUAGGUGUGGUAGAUUUUAAACAAACAGGAAACCAAUAUGAUUUAUAUAGGGGAUUGCUUAAUUGUUAAAACAAGUGAAACUUAGUUACUUCUCACUUUAGUUUUCAGACUGCAAUUUUGUGAUAUCAUGUAUAACCAUGGCAUUGUUUUGUGGAAUAAAACUUUUAAAAAAGAA